AUGGACGUGAUCCUUCAUGUUGCCGACGAGUACUUGCUCGACUCCGUCUACUCGUACCUACUUCCUCAUCCACCCAUACCAUCAAGUGUCUUACCUGACCUAUACAACAAGACAGUCUUACCUUCACCCUACACGCAAUCGACGACCUAUCAUCCCCCACCUGAAUUAUCCGAUCAGGUCAAAGGAUCAAUGCUAGCAAGAGAUUCUAUACCUCGACAGUUAAUAUCGCUAUUCAGUAUAGCAUUAAUAACAUCGUUAAUAAUGUAUUUCAUUUUUUGCUCAAUAAGUUAUUAUUGCUUUUACGAUAGAAGACUAGAACAUCAUCCGAAAUUCCUCAAGAACCAAAUCCGAAAAGAAAUAAAAUCAUCUUUAAUAGCUGCCCCCGUAAUAGACGUUAUGACUUUACCUUGGUUCUUGGCAGAAGUAAGAGGUCAUUCAAAAUUAUAUGAAGAUGUGAAUGAAUAUGGUUGGGUUUAUUUAGCUGUUUCUUGUUUGUUUUUCUUGCUUUUCACCGAUUUAGCUAUUUAUUGGGUACAUAGAUUAGAACAUCAUCCUUUGAUUUACAAACAUGUCCAUAAACCACAUCACAAGUGGAUUGUACCCACACCAUACGCAGCUCUUGCAUUCCACCCUUUAGACGGAUACGCCCAGUCAUUGCCUUACCACAUCUUCCCAUUCUUAUUCCCACUACACAAAUUCGCAUACCUCGGUUUAUUCGUAUUCGUUCAAUUCUGGACUAUCCUCAUCCACGACGGAGAUAUGAUUUCAGGUCAUUUCUUGGAAAGAUACAUCAACUCCCCUGCUCAUCAUACGUUACAUCAUUUGUAUUUCACAUGUAAUUACGGACAAUACUUCACAUGGGCAGAUGCAGCUUGGGAUUCAUAUAGGGCACCUGAAGACUCCCUCGACCCAAUCCACGAAUCGUUGAAAAACAUGAAGAAAAAAGGAUUGAUUGAUGAAAAUGGAAAUACUAUACCACAGAUGAAAUCUGACAAGAAAGACUUAUAG